UCAGCUUUCUUUGCUAUUCAUAAUUUCUACCCACCUUCAACUCCACCAUCAUCAUGAAGCUCUGUAUCAAGAGCAUCGACGCAUCAUGGUGUCUGCAUACUAUCCGGCAACCUCGCUCAAGAACUGCCAACCAUUGACGGUUCCAUACAUGCCUCCUGCAACCGCUGCCGUCCACGACACCAUGUACGCAGAUUUUGGCAUCUCAAACGGCACCUUUGGCUCCUUCCAACUCUCCACCUGCGCUUUCAACCGCAAGGAUCGCAGCAGAGGAUCUACCAAAUUUCCAAUCGCUCUUUUCUCUCCGGGCCUUGGCAACACUCGCUUGAUGUAUGGUGCAAUGGCUCAGUCGUUUGCUAGCCAGGGUUUCGUUGUCAUCACCAUGGACCACCCCUACGAUGCAGCUAUCGUCGAAUACCCCGACAAGUCAAACGCCCUCGCCGCCAAUAUCAGCACCGACGCAGAGAUUGAGAAGAACUUGUACGUCCGCCGCCAGGAUGUGUCUUUCAUAAUCGACAAACUGCACGAUUGCUCCAUCAGACAGACACUUUUCCACGACAUCGCAGACACCAAAUCCUUGAACAAAAUUCUCAUGUUCGGACACUCUCUGGGUGGUGCCACUGCAGCCGCCGCCAUGCAGACAGAUCACCGCAUCGCCGCUGGCGUCAACAUGGACGGCCGCUUCUUCGACUCCUCCAUGCCAAACAACACUUCCUCCCCUUUCAUGAUCAUGAGCCGCGAGGGCCACAACAUCACCUCCGACCCAACUUGGACACCAGCCUGGUCAAAGUUCACCGGCACAAAGCUGUUUGUUUCGAUGAACAACUUUACCCAUGGUACUUUCACCGACCUGCCUCUUUUGGCUGAUGCGUUGGGGACUCCUGGCUCGGAGUAUGAGGUUAUUGGGGAGAUUUUGGGGGCUGUGGAGGGUAAGAGGGCUGAUGAGAUUGUUAAUGGUUUCGUGGGGCAGUUUUUCGACUUUGUUCGUGGGGUUUCGAAGGAUUUGCUGCCUAGAAACAUGACCAAGGAGUUUCCUGAGGCGGUGGUGUUGGACAAGCAGAUUCGCAAGCAGUGCAACUGAACAUUGACGGAAGGGAUGAGAGGAUCAAGCACUUUCAUGUUCAGAUUUUAAUGGAGAAGAGGAGGAGGAGAAUGUCAAGUGUGAAGAAUGUCAGGUAGUGGAACAACGGAGAAGCAGGAUAGAGGUUUAAAUAUAAUUCAUAUGAAUCUGGUAUAAAUUCUGAUAUAGUCAUAAUAU